AUGCCUUUUUACCAUUAUCCAAGGAAUUUUACACCUUUAUUAAUUGCAGCAGAGAAGAAGGCUGUUAAGAAUGGCGUCCACCACGCCAUAUUUACGUCCCGGUUCGAUAGAUACAUUGGCGAUUGGAAAAAGGAUUUAAAAGAAGGCAAAGGCCGAUUUCUAACGUGCACGGGAAAACUGUAUGAAGGAGACUGGUAUCAGGGCUUUAGACACGGUAACGGAACCCUUAGCAAUAAGCUACCAAAUGGGACGUUCCAGCUGGAGUAUCGCGGAGAAUGGGUUAGAGGGAAGCCAGAAGGCGCCGGCUGGCGUUACUAUGGAAACGGUGAUGUUUAUUUCGGCUUUUGGAAACGGGGGCAGCGCCACGGUUACGGCAAGAUGUGGUACACGAACGGUACCAUGUACGUCGGGUACUGGAAUAUGAGUAAAAAGGAAGGACUGGGAAUGUUCAUUCAAGAAAACGGUAAUCGUUAUGAAGGCCAUUGGAAUCAAGAUACGAAACACGGAAUCGGUAGGUUCUACCAUUUACACACUGGCCAGUUGCAGGAGGGCUGCUGGGACCGGAACAUCUGUGUAAUGUCCAAGAUAACUGACAUUGAAAUACGUCAGUUCUGCGACUUUCCUACGGAAUAUCCAAUAACAACUGAGUGUCUAGUGGAUGCUGAAAGUAUUCUAGAGGACAGCAAACUCUGGCUUCAUCAAAAACUAGGGAACAUAGACGAAAAAUUAAAAUUUUGCAUAAAUCAAAUGUAA